UUCUGUUCAAUACUUUAAAUAACAUUGUUGUGCACGUUGUAAAUUGUUGCAUAUUAUACUUGUGUCGAUUUGAUUAUUUGGCCAACAAUUAAAAUGUCAGUUGCAAUAAAACUUUCAAAGGCUUUACUGUCGCGUAUUGAAUGUGUCAAAGUCGCAACAACCGGCCGCAUAUAUGGAUUGGUUCAAAAUAAUGCAGUUCUCGUUUUGGGAUUCAGUUUGAAUGAGUCUGUGGAGAAUAAUUUGCCGUUUGGAUUCAAGAAUUUGGGCAUAAUUCAAUGGUCGAACGAUACAAAUUUCAACCUUCAACCUGAGGAAACAGAUUCCGUGCAAUUAAAAUACAAUCUAUCAUCGGCCGAAGAGAAGUUGACUGUUGUGUGGAAGAAUAAGUCAAAUGAAUGGGAAAAUGUAUCAUACGCUGAGUUUAUCGAUGACGAAUUGAAAAAGGAAUGGGUUUGCUUACGUACACAAUUCCAAUUGAAAUAUUCGAUAGAAAGUGCUUCCAACUAUCGCGGUCAAUUGCUCGAUCUAUUGAAAUCAACGCGGACGAAAAUUUGUGAAACAAAUAAGCCGAUUCUGAAAGUUUCCGGCACAGAAAUCGUUUUGAAGAAAGACAAAGGUCUCGUUGGCAUCGGUAAAAAUGCUAAAAUCAAUGCAGCUGUUCAACAAACGAAAACUGAUGCUACACAAUGCAAUUCGAAUAAUUUCGAAACGUUGAAUAUUAAAAUGGAAGCGGGUGAAGAGUCUGUUGAUGAUAUUAACGCCAUAUUUUCGAAUAUAUUGCUUGACAGUUCGAAGAAGUCAACGCAAAUCGAUUUUGAUGCAUUGGCGUUUGUGAGAUUGAGCAUGGGUGCGAAUCAAAUGUACGAAAUCAUCUUGAAAUCAAUCGACCGAAAUAUUUCGUGUGUUGAAGUGAGCGUAACGGAUGUGGAUAGACCAUUGCAUACAUUUACUUUCUAUCCAAAAGUUUUGGAGCAUUUCAUCAGCUUCGUUUAUCCGACGACAUCAGCAGAUGAUGACAAAGAUCAAAUUGCCCAACGGAAACAAAAUCACAUCAUUUUAAACUUGUCACGACCAUACUUACGACGAGAUGACGCCUACUCGUUUAACAAUGAAGCAACUGGGCCUCAAUUACUGAAUCCACACAUCGGUUUGAAAAGUUCAGUAAAAGACGGUAAACAAUAUCUUGUGAAAGGCGAUUAUUUAUACUACCAUUAUAUGCAAGAUAACUUCGAUGACAAUGGCUGGGGCUGUGCAUAUCGAUCAUUCCAAACAUUAUUUUCAUGGUUCCGUUUGCAAGGUUAUACGAAUAAGUCAGUUCCAACGCAUGGUGAAAUUCAAAAGUGUUUGGUUCAAUUGGGCGAUAAACCGGCUUCGUUUCAAAAUUCCCGUCAAUGGAUUGGAUCAACGGAAGUGUCAAUGUGCUUGCAAUAUUUUUUGAAUGUUGAUUCUCGCAUUUUACAUGUAACAUCGGGCGGUGAGAUGGCACAACACGGACCAACGUUUGCUCAACACUUUACAACCUACGGAACACCAAUUAUGAUUGGCGGUGGAGUUUUGGCUCAUACCAUUCUUGGCAUCGACUAUAAUAGCCAAACGAAUGAACUGAAAUUUUUGAUAUUAGAUCCCCAUCAUACUGGCGCUGAUGAUUUGGAUCUUAUACAGAAGAAAGGAUGGUGCUCAUGGAAACCGGUCACAUUCUGGGAUAAAAAAUCAUACUAUAAUUGCUGUAUGCCACUAUUUCCCGAUGCAAUUGAUUAUUAAACCAUUUUCACAUUCAACAGAUUUAUAACAUGUUAAUUUAUAAUUCAAAAAUAAGAAAAUAAAAACAAUGAAAAAAUAUUUGGUUAUUUUGAAAACGCA